GAAAUGUGACAACAUCGUUGUUUUAAGUAAAUUCUUCAAAGCUUUCAAACGUCAUUUUUUUUACCCGGUUUACUAAAAUUUCGUGAUUUUCCCCAAAAGACAAGCAUGGACAAUAUCGUGGAGACACUGGUGGAAAUGGGGUUCAGCAAGGAGCGGGCUGAACUGGCGAUGAAAAGGUCCGGCAGCCAGAACGUGCAGGACGUGAUGGAGUGGCUGCUGUCGCACGAGGAGGAGAUCGACAGCGCGCCGCAUGACGCCCCGCCCGCCCCGGAACCGGCCGCCGCGACGCCGAACGUCGAGGAGCAGUCCACCAUCGAGGAGCCAGCUCAGGUGGCCAAAUCGAUUAGGUGCGACGACUGCGGCAAGCUGUUCCAGACGUCCGACCAGGUCGAGUUCCACGCCGUCAAGACGAAACACGAGAACUUUUCGGAGUCGACGGAGGAGAAGAAGCCUUUGACCGAGGAGGAGAAGAAGGAGCAGCUGGCGAAGAUCGAGGCCAAACUGAAGCAGCGACGCCUGGAGCGCGAGGCCAAAGAAAAGGAGGAGGCCCUGUUGCGCGAAAAGAACCGCAUCAAGUCGGGCAAGGAGAUGCUCGAGGCCAAAAAACGGUACGAGGAACUGGAAAUGAAGAAGAUAAUGGAGCAAAAGAAGCGCGAGAAGGAGGAGGAGCGGCUGGCGAAGCAGAGGGUGCGUGAACAAAUUGAGCAGGACAAACUGGCCCGGAAAGCCAGGCAAGCAGGUGAGGUGCUGCCUGUGCAACAACCACAACCUGUUUUGGUUAAAAACCCCGUCAAGAAUUACGAUCAAGUCAAGUUGCAAAUUAGGCUAACCAAUGGUGAAGUGAUCACUCAGACCUUCGGGGCAAAAGAACCACUGUCGGCUGUCAGGCUUUAUGUGGAAAUGAACAGGAGUGACUCAGAGGAUCCAUUUAAAUUGUCCACGUCGUACCCAAGGAAAGUGUUUGCCGACGAGGACUACGACAAACCUUUAGAAACUUUAGGCUUAGCACCUUCAGCAGUGUUGAUUGUUUCAAAGAAUUAACGCGGCUCAUCUCACGGACUUUCCAGGCUUACCAAAAAAACUCUCAGUGUAUCUGUAAGUGAUAUAUUUUUAUUAAACAAAACUUACGGACGACUCACUUAUUUAUGCUUUGUGGUGUGUUAAAUUAACAUUUAAGUUGUGAAACCAAUAAAACUUUUUAUAUUUGGCAA